GCCGGACUAUUUAUAAUAUUCCACGGCGAACCUCCCUACAGGCACGCAAUGACGCAUCCGCCGAAUUUUCCAGGUUGUGGGACCCAUGAAAAGAUCACCAAUUACCUCAGCCUUACAAACCAACACAUGUCAGGCAUCAUUUCAUCACACAAAAGAUUCUUUCUUCUUAACGAGUAGAAACCAAACACGCGUCCGCCGUACGGGUUGUUCUUGGGUUCACUGAUCAGAGUUUUAAAGCAAACUAGCAAAGCAAAAAGGAGAAGGAAGCGAAGAAAUUAACGCCUGAAAGAGGAAAGAGAGGAUCAUGUCAUCGUUCACCGACGAGUCUCCUAGAGAAUACAGCGGUUCUUUUAGAAACUUUGAUGCCAACUCGCUGACCGGUAACUCGUCACCGGUCUUCGCUUCUCAGUCAUACAGCACCACAGGAGAUGACUUGUUCUCCUCGCAGCCGGUGAGCGAUGACGGCGGGUUCUCCCCGGAGCAGAACGGGAUAUCGGAUGGACCGAUCUUGCCUCCUCCGUCGGAGAUGGAGUCCGAGGAAGGUUUCGCUUUAAGAGAGUGGCGUAGAGAGAAUGCUAUAAGACUGGAAGAGAAGGAGAAGAAGGAGAAGGAGAUGUUGAAGCAAAUAGUAGAGGAAGCUGAAGAGUAUAAAAAAGAGUUUUACAGGAAGAGACAGCUGACUCUAGAGAACAACAAGGCUGCUAAUAGAGAAAAGGAGAAGUUAUUUUUGGCAAACCGGGAGAAGUUCCAUGCCGAAGCUGGAAAGAAUUAUUGGAAGGCAACUGCAGAACUCAUUCCUCGCGAGGUGCCAACAAUGGAGAAAAGGGGGAAGAAGGAUGAGAAGAAGCAGCCCACCAUUGUGGUGAUCCAGGGACCGAAGCCUGGCAAGCCUACUGACCUAUCAAGGAUGCGUCAUAUACUUCUCAACCUUAAACACAAUCCACCUCCCCACAUGAAGCCCAAGCCUCCAUCACCAGCAGAACCUAAAAAAGAUGCCAAGAGUGGUCCUGCUGUUGCCGCCCCUAGUACAGCCUCCACAAAGACUGCCGCCGCAACUCCUGAGGCAGUAGCUGCUGCUUGAGAGUGAAGCUGCUGCCUGUUGAAUAUUUAUGUGAAAAGUAAUUAGCUGUAAUUAAAACUAGUUUAGUCUGAUUGUAAACCAUAUGGUAUCUGAAUUCUGGUCCAGGUGAACGAGCGUCUUGGUUGGUUAGGCCAUUUAGCAGUCUUGCAAGUAGAAAAGUUUUGUUUCUGUGCUGAUUUUCUAGGCUUACUAUUUCGGUGUGAUUUUACGAAUGCAAUUACCUUUAUGUGUUGAUCUUAA